UGCCCACCGAAGUUCACUCCUCCCGACAAUAAGAUGAGCUUCCACCUCCUCAGCACCCAACUCCGUGGCAAAACGAGCAAGUAGAUGGAUACUAUGCAGGGCCAACAGCGGCGCAGUCUGCGUGCGUGCGGUGGCAAGGACAACACAACACAACACGGCACGAGUCCGCAAGGACUUCUCCGGCACAAACGAGGGAGGGAGUCUCCACCGCGGCAGACUCGGCGUGCUAUGGAGGGAGGACGAAGCGGCAAAAGUCGGCGGCCCAGUGUGAGGGCAGGCAAGGCAAGGUGGGAUUUGGGACAUGACAAUCACAGGUGAUGGAGUUCUUUUUGGUUCCAACCAAUCCACCAACUCAAAACAACAUACUGUCCAUCUCUACAUUCUGUCUUGCACACAGCUAUCAUGAAUAUCCAAUAUCCUCGAUUCUCG